AUGCCCACUCUGGAGAAGAGAAUGUCCAAGUCACAGAGUUGUCUUGGUUACCCCCUCAGCAUCUUCUUCAUUGUGGUCAAUGAGUUCUGUGAAAGAUUCUCCUACUAUGGAAUGAGAGCGCUGCUGGUUCUGUACUUCCGGAACUUCAUCGGCUGGGAUGACAACCUGUCCACAGCCAUCUACCACACGUUCGUGGCCCUGUGCUAUCUGACACCAAUUCUGGGAGCUCUUAUUGCUGACUCGUGGCUGGGAAAGUUCAAGACGAUCAUAUGGCUCUCCAUUGUCUACACCAUCGGGCAAGCAGUGAUCUCAGUGAGCUCAAUCAGUAACCUCACAGGCCAAAGCCAGGAUGGAACCCCUAACAGCCUCCCAGUGCAUGUGGCACUGUCCAUGAUCGGCCUGGCCCUGAUAGCACUUGGUACCGGAGGAAUCAAGCCCUGCGUGUCAGCAUUUGGUGGUGAUCAGUUUGAAGAGGGCCAGGAAAAACAAAGGAACAGAUUUUUCUCCAUUUUUUACUUGGCUAUUAAUGCUGGAAGUUUGCUUUCUACGAUCAUCACUCCCAUACUCAGAGGCGAACUUCAACAAUGUGGAACCCAAACUUCUUGUUACCCACUGGCCUUUGGAGUUCCUGCUGCUCUCAUGGCUGUAUCCCUGAUUGUAUUUGUCAUUGGCAGUAAGCUGUACAAGAAAUUUCAGCCACAAGGGAACAUAAUGGGAAAAGUAGUCAAGUGUAUUGGCUUUGCCAUCAAAAAUAGGUUUAGACAUCGGAGUAAGGAGUUUCCCAAGAGGGAGCACUGGCUGGACUGGGCCAAAGAGAAAUACACCUAUCAGCUUAUCUCUCAAAUUAAGAUGGUUACCAAGGUGAUGUUCCUGUACAUCCCACUCCCCAUGUUCUGGGCCUUGUUUGACCAGCAGGGCUCCAGGUGGACGCUGCAAGCAACCACUAUGACUGGGAGAAUUGGAAGUAUUGAAAUCCAGCCGGAUCAGAUGCAGACUGUGAACGCCAUCCUCAUCGUGAUCAUGGUCCCCAUCAUGGAUGCCGUAGUGUACCCUCUCAUUGCCAAGUGUGGCUUCAAUUUCACCUCUCUAAAAAAGAUGACCGUUGGGAUGUUCCUGGCUUCCAUGGCCUUUGUGGUGGCUGCAAUUGUGCAGGUGGAAAUUGAUAAAACUCUUCCAGUCUUCCCCGGAGCUAAUCAAGUCCAAAUUAAAGUCUUGAAUAUAGGAAAUGAUAACAUGAAUGUAUAUUUCCCUGGAGAGACAGUGACACUGGGCCAAUUCUCUCAAACAAAUGAAUUUAGGACUUUCGAAGCAGACCAACUCACAAGCAUAAACAUUUCUACUGGGUCACCUGUCACUGAAGUAGUGCAUAAGUUUGAGCCAGGCCACCGCCACACCCUUCUCGUGUGGGCCCCCAAUCACUACCGUGUGGUAAAGGAUGGGCUUAACAAGAAGCCAGAUAAAGGCGAAAAUGGAAUCAGAUUUGUAAAUGCUUUUAACGAGGUAAUGAACAUCGAAAUGAGUGGGAAAGCAUAUGAAAAUAUCACGAGUUACAAUGCCAGCGAGUAUCAGUUCUUUUCUUCUGGCAAGAAAACCUUCACAGUAAGCUCAGCAGAGAUUCCACAAGACUGUCCACGUGUCUUUCAGUCUUCCAACCUUGACUUUGGCAGUGCUUUUACUUACGUGAUCAGAAGGGAGAGUAACGGCUGCCCAGGAGAGCUGGAGUUUGAAGACAUCCCCCCCAACACAGUCAGCAUGGCUCUGCAGAUCCCGCAGUACUUCCUGCUCACCUGCGGCGAGGUGGUCUUCUCCGUCACGGGACUGGAGUUCUCCUAUUCCCAGGCUCCAUCCAACAUGAAGUCCGUGCUUCAAGCAGGCUGGCUGCUGACGGUGGCCGUGGGGAACAUCAUUGUGCUCAUCAUCGCCGGGGCAGGACACUUCAGUAAACAGUGGGCUGAGUACAUUCUAUUUGCGGCUUUGCUCCUGGUCGUCUGUGUGAUAUUUGCCAUCAUGGCUCGAUUCUACACGUAUGUCAACCCAGCAGAGAUUGAAGCUCAAUUUGAUGAGGAAAAGAAGAAGAAUGCAGAAAACAACAACCUGGGUUCCGCAUUGGAGCCUGUCUCCCAGACCAGGAUGUGAAGGGCAUUUGGCAAGUGCAAAAUGAACUGCGCCCAGCCUGGGCCCUGACCUCUGUCCCCAGGUGGCAGGUUGCUCCGCUGAAUGAAUGGCCUUUGAUGGGGAAGACUUAUUGUGAACCAAACCAAGAAAUCAAUUUUAUAAGCAGUCAUCGACGAAUCUAAAACUCUAAAGUCUUUUUUUUAAGUCUUAUUUAAAGCUUUUUUUUUUUUUAACACUAACAGCUUAUAUCUCUCCUGUCAUACAAAUGAGCUUAGUUUGGACUAACUUAAUUUGGAGAGGGCUCCAUAUUGUUUUUGUUCUAACACUGUGGUGAAAACAAUAUUGAAUGUGGCAGGAGCCAAUGCCAAAAAUGACCUCACAGGAAUAGUAAAUACAAGCUAGUAGUAACUGAUAAAGAUUCCUUUAUUUUCCCAAUCUCUACCUCUUUUUAAAUUAUGUAUGACUAAAAGCCACACAAGUGAA